AUGUCCCUACCCAUAAUUUUAGAAGAGGUUUUAGACCCCAACUAUGAGCCCAGUGAAGAAGAAAUAAUCGAAUAUGCUAAAUCGCUAGGCAUGAUUUUCCCAGAAGAUUCUGAUUUUAUUUACAUUGCCAAAGAAGGAUUGAAAUCUCCCACACCAAAACCAUGAAUAUUAUGCCAAUCUCCAAAUCAGCAAAUUUAUUUUUUUAACCCAGAAACCAAUGAAAGCACCUGAGACAACCCUGCUUAUUUUCAUUACAAAGAGCUUUUUCUUUCAGAAAAAUCAAAAAAAUUAAAAAUUCAUGAGCCAAUCACGCCAACGAAUUUCGAUUUACUAUCAAGUGAGCAAAAUAUAGAAAAUCGAUACAAGGACGAUAUCAAAAAUAUCAAAGAAAAAUACAAAAAUUGGCUAUUAGAACAAACCCAAGAAUUGCAGGAAUAUAAAAAUGAAGAAAUUUGAAAAUUAAGGCUCGAGCUUGAAAAUGAAUCAGAAAUCAAUGCAACAAAACGUCAAAAAGAAUUAAUAAGAACGAAAAAUUUAAAUAAAGAGAUUCAUGAUAAACAUUCUGAAAAUAUUUUUAGAGAAACUAAAGAGAAAAAUAAAAAAUUAAUUGAAGAAGAAAAAUCACAAUUAAUUAUCCAAGGGCAAAAAGAGAUGCAGCAAUUUUGUAACGAAGAAGAAGCAAAAUUUUCAAUAAUUAUUGAAAAUGAACUAGAAGCAGCAGAAAAAUUAAAAUUAGAAAAGGAAAAAAUUUUAGAAGAUCAGAAAUUUGUUUAUGAAACAAACAAAAAGAUUUUGGAAGAUUUGGAAGCGGAAUGCAAUGAAGAGGCUGAGCGGACACAAAAAAUUUUGAAAAAUCUUUAUGGUGAAAAAAUAGCAGAAAAGCUAAAAGACUUUGAAUACCAAAUAGACUGUUUAAGAAACUCAAAAGAAAAGCAGAAUAUUUUUAUGGAAAAGCUUAAUGAAUUAAGAGAAAAAUAUGCAACAAGUUUAGAAAAAGAGCUAAAAAGACUGCGGACAGAAAACAACGAAAAAAUCGAAGAAAUAAAUUAUGAAUUUAAUAAAAAUCUGGAGAUUCAAGAAAAUUCAUCAAUUCUUGAAACGGAAAAGCUAUGAGCUAUUGAUGAGUUAUCUAAAAGAUAUGAAAUUGAGCUAAAUAAGAAUAUUAAGCUACUAGAUGACGAAUAUGAACAGAAGCUUUUAACUGAAAAAGAAAAGCUUGAAUCAGAAUAUGGCUUAAAAACAAAAUCUGUGCUUAAUUCUUACUCUAACAAAUCCAUAUUUGGAAAAAUCCUCAAGCUUGAGUCUGAUAUUUCAGAGCUCUAUAACAAAUCUUCAUUAAAAGAUAGUGAAAUUUCUUACAUCACAGCUGAAAUUAAUCACUAUAAAGAAGAAUUAAAAUCAAAAGCCAACAAAAAUUAUGUAAACUCCCAAAUCAGUCAAUUAAAAGAAAAUUUCAAAAUAAAAUUAAACGAUAUUCAAAGUUUUUUAGCAGAAAGCCCAAAGAAAAUUAGCAGGCUUGAAAAAGAUAUAGAGGAUUUAAAAAUAAUUAGCCGGUCAAUUUCUCCGAUUAGUUCUGAUAUAAGGACUAAUCUCAGUAAAUUGUCAACUUACAGAGAUGAGGAAAGCAUUGUUGAAAGCCAAAGAAAAAUUAAUCAGAGAUGUGACAGCUGAAAUAUGUGUGCAUAUUAAAAUGGUGCAGUGAACCAGCCUACCUCAUAACACCUGUGACUGGUAGAUUCAACGGGAAAGCCUGGAAACUUGUUUGCCAGGAGGAUAGUGUUUGCGAAUAUGUAUCCGACUGGGUUUUACUUUAUUUGGUGGAGCACAAUGUCGAGCUAGCUGACCGCAUACCAGAUCCAAGCCAAGGUUUUACACCGUAGGGAGAUUGUUCGCUGGAGCUGGAAAGGGAAGGCCCAGAAAGGCCAGAGGAUGUCACUUGACAAUUCUGGCAAAAUACCUGCACGAUACCAGGGCGUUGCGUCCUGGGAUUCGGGUUUAUCUUGGCCGGCAGGUGACUAAAGAAGUUGUUAGUCAUCGUCUCUGACUCUUGAUAGUGAGUGCAAGCCCUGAGUAGUGGUCUGCAGACUUGCUGGAGACUUCUCUAAAAGUAAUUAAACUUUAAAGAUAGCUGAAAUAUGCCGAAAAAAACAGGAAACAUGCAUAGAAGAUAUGAAAGCUCAGAUGAUGUACUUAAGAGCAACGAUUCUUUUAAUAGCAUUUUAGGAAAACAUAGAAGCUGAAUAAGCGAUAUGCGAGAAAAUUUUACUUCUGCAAGUAAAAAAUAA